AUGAGACUCUGGCAUCUUCUACUCAUCGGUAUCGUAAUCCUCCCACAUGCAUAUUGCAUACAACUGACCGGACUGUAUGGAAGGAUUGCUUCUCCUCGGUUUCCAAAGCCGUACCCCAAUGAACAGAACCUGACCUGGAACAUCCAAGUCCCCGAGGGAUAUCGGGUCAAAAUCUACUUUACCCACUUCAACCUGGAGCGUUCUUUCCUGUGUGAAUACGACUAUGUCAAGCUCACUUCCCAGGGGAAGGACGUGGCCCACUUAUGUGGCAAGGAGUCUACUGACACAGAGAAAGCCCCCGGAGACACAACCUUCCAUUCCCUGGGCAAUACGAUGACGGUAACAUUUCGGAGCGACUACUCCAAUGAGAAGGAAUUCACCGGCUUUGAGGCUAUCUACGUGGCUGAAGAUAUAAAUGAGUGUGAAAAGCAGAACGAGGAGAAGAAGAACUUAUGUGACCACUACUGUCACAAUUACGUCGGCGGAUAUUUUUGCAGCUGCCCACCUGGUUUCGGUCUCCACACAGACAAGAAAACCUGCAUAGUUCAGUGCAAGGAUGACACGUACACCGCAAGUACAGGUGGCAUUACAAGCCGGUUGUCUUUCCCUAAAAAUACCAACUGCGCGUACACCAUCCAGGCGGAAGAGGGUUCCUCCAUUCUCCUGAGGUUUAUGCACCUUGAUGACAUUGAGUCACAUCCAGAUGUCCUGUGCCCCAAUGACCGGCUGCAGAUUACAGUCAAUGGUAAAGACACUGCUGUACAGUGCCGGGACAGACUACCAUCAGAGAUUGAUACAAGGAGUAGUAAAGUGGACAUUGUUUUCACAACAGAUGGAUUGGGAACUCACACAGGAUGGAACCUUCAGUACACAGUAAAAGCUCUUUCUUGUCCUGAUCCUGUGCCGCCACCUCGAGGACAUUUUACACCUCUGUAUAAUUAG